AAUGUUAUGGAUGAGGAUCAACCUGCGGGACAUUCAAACUCUGGCCGCUGAUUGGUGGACAGUGACCAGUUUCAGUCUUGGUGGGCUUUUAUCAGAGUUCAAAUGAAGGUGUCACAUGAUUCUGAGGAGAGCCAGUCAGGGCCAAACUCUUAAGUUCAAUUAAAACUUGCUUAGAAUUUAGGUGAUGUUGGAGAAAUUUAAGUAAAAGUAUUAGCUUAAAAAUAUACUUUUAAGUACCUAAAGUAAAAGUACUCACUACUUCCCAUGUCAAAAUAAUAUAUAUGUUGUAGUUGGAUGCAUUAAUGUGUCACUUUAAUCUGUAAAGGUGGGGCUCCAUUAAAUUUAUAUCCUGCUGGGUAGCUUGUGAACUUCCCCUCAGAGAUUAUGUGCGGGUGUAUAUGUAUGUGUGUAUAUAUGUGUAUAUAUAGCUCCAAAACAUCCACUAUUAAGGCAUCUACCACAUAAAUAUACUUGAAUUUAACUUUUUAGAGCUGAGAGCACCCUGAAAUUACAUUUUUUUUAAAUCAUCAUCAGCUUUUCUCUCUCAUUUAGAAAUAUCUGGCUCAACAUUAUCCAGCCCAUUGCUGACUAAUUAAUUAACCAUGAUAAUAAACUUUCUAUCACCUAAAGCGUGUCUUCACUCUCUAGUUACGACCCAGGAAAUUAAAAAUAAAGUGCUGAACUUGUAGAUGUAAUAUGCAUGAUCACACAUGCUUGGCUCUGUUUAUAGCCUCUGGUGUUGUUUUUCCUCGUGAUGAAUUACCCAAUUAUUUUCAAAUGAAUAAACAAAAUAAUAACAGCAUUAAAACAGUUUUAUAAAGUUGGAGUUGGGGUGUGUACAUGUGAGAGGUCAGGCUCCUCACCAUCAUGUCUGUUGGAGGUUGAGGGCAGCAGUCGGGGACGCGCAUCCACAGCUGCCUGCUCGUUCAUGAGCAUGUAAACACCUGACCACUGCAGGGGACGAAGCCCGCUGAUCAUCAUCAGACUCAGACAGCCAGCCUCCUCUGUGGGUUACACAGCUGCUGCCUCCGCCUUUGAGCAGGAUGGCGGACGAGGAGGCGUUUGUAUCCGAGGAUCAGACCGUGGACGGCGGCCUGCUGAUGCUGUCGGACUACAGGCGGCUGACUCGGCUGUACUGCAUGAACGGCGGAUAUCACCUCCAGAUCCUGCCCGAUGGCACCGUGCAUGGCCAGAGGGAUGACAGGGACGAUCACACUGUUUUAAAGCUCAAAGCUGUGGACAGAGGUGUGGUGGUCAUCCAGGGAACAGAAGCCGGGCGAUAUUUGGCCAUGAGUGAUGAGGGUCGCUUGUACAGCUCACCCACAGUAACGGAUGAAUGUUAUUUCCUGGAGAAGUUGGAGGAGAACCACUACAACACAUAUCAAUCUCAGAAACAUCAGGAGAAGAACUGGUACGUAGCUCUGAAAAAGAACGGAAAACCUAAACUGGGUCCAAGGACUCACAUCGGCCAGAAGGCCAUCUUCUUUCUGCCUCGACAGCUGCGUGAUUCUGGGGAGUGAGGACACUGCGAUACCUCAACCCGAACGGAUGGAUAUUUGUCUCUUUGUUUAAAUAUCUCAACUUUUUAGUUCAUAAACCGGGCCAGAACAAGACACGAAGAGUCAAGAUCAAAUGUGUCAAGUUUAGUUGGGAUUAAGACCAAAGAGUACCUGCUCCGUGCCCUAAUGAUUAUGCAUCAGUGCAUGUCGUCAUCUAUUUGUCUACUAACACAACAUCCCAUUUCAUUUGGUAGGAGAUCUUCUUAUUGCGCAGAAGAAAAUGUAAGGAGUAUCAUCGACCGGGAACAACUGAGCCAACUGAAGCUCAACCUGUAGAAAUUUUACUGAUUUCAUCUCAGUUAUUUGCUCACAGACUAAGAGGUAUUUUAGAUGAGAAAAUAAUACACUGCAGCCUAUAUACUACUGUAUAAGCAUAAUGAAAAACUAGUACAGUAUUAGUUAGUUUGCUUCUGUUAUCUAGUUUCCAGAUGUCAAAAUAAAUUUGGUGGAACGUUUGGCAAGAGAGAGGAACAAGUCAUCCCCCCCCCCCUCCGAGAUAAAAAUGCAGUAUUUGUUUCAAAAAAGGACAGAAAAAAUUAAAUUUCUCAUAAACUACAGCAUUUUCUUGGACGGCAAAUGACACACAUAGCCUCCAGACAUAUCUGGGGGAGAAAUCUUUUCUCGUCUGAGUUUUAUGUACUUUAUGGUUUACUCUUCAGAGGUUGUAAGAUUAGGAGAGGAAAGAAUAUUUCAAAGUUACACUUUGCUGUCAGUUGGUGCCACGAGUGUGUAAAAUCGCACAGUGCACCAUUAAUCAUACAUAAAAACUGUGGCUCUUUGCAUUUUAAUGUCCAUACUCUCGCCUCCAAACAGCUUCAUCAUACUGACCUGUGAGUAGUGUUAUUAUGUAUCGUCAGAGCAUAUCUGACCACCAAAGCUCAGUGUAUAUCAAGUCAAUAAUCCAGCCAACUCAGAAAUGACGCAUUAAAAGUGACAUUUAUUUAACACUAAACGUUUCUGUACAGUUUCAUAUCAACAAAACCCCAAGGUUGCAGCUCUACAUCACAUAGAAAUAAGCAUAAUGGGUCUGUAUCAAAGCCAUGGCAGAAGUAUGAAGUUAACUGAUGAGGCAAACCGUUCAGUUUGCUUGGACCAGACUAAAAUCCGUAUUAACUCCUUCUGUUGACAACAGUGGUUAAAUCUCUAAAGAAGAAUCCUCACAUGCUGUUUCCUCCUCGGUAUAAAACAGAAACACAAUCCUUGCACCACUUCAUCGUUAAUGUCUUGUUUUAUAUGUCUGGGAUUAAAAAGUAAAUGAUGGGAACAUCCUCUGGGUUUUAUUGGUAAUGUUUCUAAAAGUGCACCUGCAUACAACAUUCUUUGAUAUAGCUUUUAAACCCCAUACAACAGCUAACAUCUUACACAUUAUGAAUCAUUUUCAAAAAGAAAAAAAAAAAA